GCGCUCAUCCGGGGCUCCGGUCGGCUGCUGACGUCAGCGCUAUAAAGACCAGGAGCGCCUUUGUUCGCCCUCAUUGCGCAGUUGUAGGUUGGUCCGAGCGGAGGCCAUUCACAGAGUCAAAAUGGUUGAAGCGGAUCGUCCUGGGAAACUGUUCAUUGGGGGCCUGAACACAGAAACGAAUGAAAAAGCCCUCGAGGCUGUAUUCGGCAAAUAUGGACGCAUAGUGGAAGUCCUUUUGAUGAAAGACCGUGAAACCAACAAGUCCAGAGGAUUUGCGUUCGUCACAUUUGAGAGUCCAGCAGAUGCAAAAGAUGCUGCCAGAGAUAUGAAUGGAAAGUCAUUAGAUGGGAAAGCAAUUAAAGUGGAACAAGCAACCAAGCCAUCCUUUGAAAGUGGUGGUAGGCGUGGGCCGCCACCCCCUCCACGAAGCAGAGGUCCUCCCAGGGGCCUCAGAGGUGGAAGAGGCGGAAGUGGCGCGAGAGGACCACCUUCAAGAGGGAGUCACUUGGGAUCUUCUCGAGGGCCACUUCCCAUGAAGAGAGGUCCACCUCCACGGAGUGGAGGUCCUCCACCUAAAAGAUCUGCACCUUCAGGACCGGUGCGUAGCAGUAGUAUGGGAGGAAGAGCUCCUGUGUCACGUGGAAGAGACAGUUACGGUGGUCCUCCCCGCAGAGAACCAAUGCCGUCACGAAGAGAUGUCUAUAUGUCUCCAAGAGAUGAUGGUUAUAGCACUAAAGAUGGCUAUUCAAGCAGAGAUUAUCCCAGUUCCAGGGAUACACGGGACUAUGCGCCACCUCCACGAGACUACGCGUAUCGUGACUAUGGUCAUUCCAGCUCACGUGAUGAGUACCCCUCCAGGGGAUAUAGCCUUUCCUCCUAUAGUGAUCGUGAUGGAUACGGUGGCGGACGUGACAGAGACUACUCAGAUCAUCCAAGUGGAGGCUCCUACAGAGAUUCGUACGACAGUUAUGGUAACUCACGUAGUGCUCCACCUGCACGAGGGCCCCCGCCAUCUUAUGGUGGAAGCAGUCGCUAUGAUGAUUACGGCAGCACACGAGAUGGAUAUGGAAGCCGAGAAAGUUACUCAAGCAGCAGAAGUGAUGUCUACUCAAGUGGCCGUGAUCGUGUUGGAAGACAAGACAGGGGUCUUCCCCCAUCCAUGGAAAGGGGCUAUCCACCUCCUCGUGAUUCUUACAGUAGUUCAAGCCGUGGAGCACCCAGAGGUGGUGGCCGUGGCGGAAGCAGAUCUGAUAGAGGUGGAGGCAGAAGCAGAUACUAAAAAAACUCUUAAACUUUUGGACCAAGACACAUUACUUCUCAAAAAACAAAAGAAAAAGUGGAAGUUGUUCUAUCUUUACUACCAGAGGACUACUAAAAGGAAAAGUUGUUUUUACCUUUUUUUAUUGUUGCCUGUUAAGUUUUCCCCUCCAUGCUUUUGUGAGGAAAAGUUAAACCAAUGUUUAAUUUCAUUUCAAAAUUGUUAACAUUUCUUUCAAAAAGCAGAUGUUAAAUGUAUAGAACUUGAGCUGUGUACUAGUGUUGUAAUUUUCAAAGUAAAGUUUCCCUGAAAUGCCACACUUCCCAUCUGAUUUUCCUCAUGAAUGGAGCAAGCAGUCCUUAAGAUCUUCCACACAACAUCCAGCCAUCUAACAUGGAGAUGGAUUGUUCUACAUGUUCAGCAUCUCAUUUUUAAGCAAAAGUAUUACUUGUGAUUUGGAGGGUGGUGGGGAUAUUCCACACAAAGUUCAGUUGUGCCUAGAAUUUGAAGUCACAGUAUUCCCAGUACAAAAUGCCUUCAGAACCUUGUGUAAAGAGAAAUAGAGGAUAUCAUUCACUUAAUCAAAAAAGCAAGUGGAUAAUACUAUUUUCUGCCUUCCUACUGUUUCAUGGGGAGUUUAAAAAGAUCUCCCCUCCAAAUAACUCAUGUACAUGUAAAUCAGCUACAGAAUACUGUAAAAAUUAAAAAAUGACCCACUUCAUCAAAGAAGCUGCAAAACGAUGCUUACUCAUACUGUUUCAAAUUUUUGCAACUCUGUAGUGUUUCACUUUUAAAGGAACAUCUUUGAUUCCAAAGGAGAAAAUAAGAUAAGCAAAGAAGUCUUUCUCUCCAACUUCUCAAAGGCUUAUGGCUUCAUAAAAACAAGUGAAUCUUUCAGCAUUCCACAGCUGAUUUAAAGCAUCAAAUGCCUGUGAAACAGCAAAGAUGGGUGAUAACUUCUAGAACACUGAAGUUGUGCUGGUUCAUAUGGGUUGAUGGCUGAGAUGAGUGGUGCCUGUACCUAUACAUAAGUUACAGUGACUACAAGACAGCAGUGCAGCAGUGGAUAUGCGUUGGGAAAAUGAAGGAUAACAACCUGACUGAUGGAGCUUGGCUUUUGAGUGUGGGGUUACCAUCAUUUGUUUUAGAGAGUUGUGUUAUUGUUCAGGAGUUGCCUUUGAAAGUAGCACUACCAAUCUCUUGGAUAUGAAGAAAAUUCUCAGAUGGAAGUCAACUACUCUAUAUCAUAGCAAAUGUCUUCCAGGAGUGAGCCUUUUUUUUUUGGUCAGUAUACGUGCAUCAGCAGGUUUUGCAGCAGAAAAGUACUCUGGGGCUGCCCUUUAUGUAAGGUACUUUCUGUAUGCUGAAAAAAAGGGAGCAAGUUACAUAAAUGUGAGUUUUAGUCCUCUAAAAUACAGAGCACUAAAUUGUUAGAAAUUUAUCUUGGGUCUUCCCCGAGAAACGAUAAAGUUUUACUGUAGUCUUACAUGAACAGUUUUAUAAUUGUCCAGAAGGAAGUGUUGGUGUACUGAGAUGGUAUUACGGGUAAAUCUCCAGAAUAAUUAGUGUUUCUGUAUGUGUUAGCUUCCUGCAAAACUCCAGACAUCACUAUCACUGCAAGAGCAAUACGAUGCUUCCCUCAGAAGUUUGCCUUGGUUUUGAUGUAUUUUUAUUCUACAUAUAUGCUGAUGUGCCAGUCCAUAUGAAAAGGAAUCCUUAGGCACCAGUAUUUCUUGUAGAAAACUAACUUUAGAUUGACUGCAGUACUUAAACAGUCAUGGCUAAUAAAGUUCAUCCUGACUUCUGUGGUAGACAUAAACCGAUCUCAUUUAAAGAACUAACAUUCAGUUUAUAAUGAGUAGCUAAAGGAGAGAAAAAGCAUGCUUGACUAGGGAUUUAAAACUAUUUUUGGUGUUGGGGGUAAGAGUAUCACUUCAAACUUCAGUUAUGGGCUGCAGGUUGUAUGAGUAAGUCUGCCUGCAUGUAGCAGAUGGGUAGAAUUGCAGUAUUUCCCAGCGCUAAUAAAUGUACCUUUAAACAAAA